CCAAAACAAAUAACUCCUCUCCCUCACCUCUCUGCUUAUGUAGGUUAAACCCCAAAGCAGCAGCAUCAGCAUCAGCAGCAGCCAAUAUCCGCAACCAUGGCGACUUACGAUCUGACACCACGAAUUGCACCAAAUCUGGACCGCCACUUAGUAUUUCCUCUGCUAGAAUUCCUUCAAGAAAGUCAGCUUUACCCAGAUGAGCAGAUCUUAAAAGCCAAAAUCGAGCUGUUGAACAAAACAAACAUGGUUGAUUACGCUAUGGAUAUCCACAAAAGUCUUUACCGCACCGAAGAAGUGCCUCAAGACAUGAUUGAUAGGAGGGCAGAGGUGGUGGCUAGAUUGAAGGCAUUGGAGGAGGCUGCUGCACCCCUGGUAGAAUUCUUGCAGAAUGCGAGUGCUAUGCAGGAGUUGAGGGCUGAUAAGCAGUAUAAUCUUCAGAUGCUUCAUGACCGUUAUCAGAUUGGUCAGGAGCAGAUUGAGGCAUUGUAUCAGUAUGCCAAAUUCCAGUUUGAAUGUGGAAACUACUCUGGUGCUGCUGACUAUCUGUAUCAGUACAGGGGCUUAUGCAACAACAGUGAAAGGAGUUUGAGUGCUUUGUGGGGAAAGAUGGCAGCUGAGAUACUGAUGCAAAACUGGGAUAUUGCUCUUGAAGAACUUAACCGGUUGAAAGAAAUUAUUGACUCAAAGAGCUUCUCAUCGCCUUUGAAUCAGGUGCAAAGUAGAAUAUGGUUGAUGCAUUGGAGUCUCUUCAUCUUUUUCAACAAUGACAACGGAAGAACACAGAUUAUUGACUUGUUUAACCAGGACAAGUAUCUCAAUGCCAUUCAAACCAAUGCACCCCAUCUUUUGCGUUACCUAGCAACUGCAUUCAUUGUCAACAAAAGAAGACGACCUCAAUUCAAGGAUUUUAUAAAGGUUAUCCAGCAAGAGCAGCACUCUUACAAAGAUCCUAUCACAGAGUUUUUGGCAUGUGUCUAUGUUAAUUAUGAUUUUGAUGAGGCACAAAAGAAGAUGAAGGAGUGCGAAGAAGUGAUACUAAAUGAUCCUUUCCUUGGCAAACGUCUAGAAGAUGGCAACUUUUCCAAUCUGCUGUUGAGAGAUGAGUUCCUUGAAAAUGCCCGUCUAUUUAUCUUUGAAACCUAUUGCCGGAUACAUCAGCGCAUUGACAUAGGAGUCCUUGCAGAGAAAUUGAACUUGAAUUUUGAGGAGGCUGAGAGAUGGAUUGUGAAUCUCAUCCGUAACUCCAAGCUUGAUGCUAAGAUUGAUUCAGAAUCAGGAACUGUUAUUAUGGAGCCCAGCCAUCCCAAUGUGUAUGAGCAGUUGAUAGAUCACACCAAGGCAUUAUCAGGCCGUACUUCCAAGUCAGUCAGUCAGAUUCUGGAGCAUGCACAUGCACAGGCUGCUCGAUAGAGUUUCUCUGUAAAGACUCGGGGGACUUGUUUGUUUUAAGAUUUUUGGCAUCUGAAUUUUGUUUCUCUUGGUUUGAGGAACAGACAAAUUCGAGAAAUUGUACUGAUUAACCUUUCCCAGAAGCUCCAGAAUUAGAGCAAAUCUAGAAUAGUUAUUAAUUUUGAAAGGAGAGUUUAUGUUUUGCUUGUUUGUAUCAAUGAAAAAUCAAUGCAUCCUAUUUUCAGCUGUUA